UCAAACAGAACGUGCGCGAAUUGCACGUGUCGCUUAUUAGAAUCGUGAUUGCUUUUCUUGUUGGGACGCUGACGCGUGCAGCUCACUCGGCUACCGGGCGACGCACAGAUGAUAGCGAUGCGCUCCCUUCUUCUGUUGUGCCUGUUGUGUGGUUGCUACAGCUCGGAUGACUUGUUCAUGCGUCGAGUGGAGCACUGUUACAAGAACAUCCUUACGUACAGAGACACGCCGCACGCAUUGAGGGGAAGACAUCCCAUCAUCACAGGGAAAAUGGGUGUCCUGCUCAAGUCCAUGAAUCCAGAAAACAUCGAGGCUAAAAUGAGGCGCUUCCGAAGCUACGGACGCAACCUGCGAAAAGACUUUGAUCGAGAAUUGGACCAAUGUGUGAAGGAUCCUUGCACGGAUUCCCCUGCAAUGGGCAACUGCCUUCAACGAGUGGACAUGUUCUACUUCGAUUCCGUGGCCAAGACAUGCCGUCCAUUCGCUUAUACUGGAUGCAGGCGGAGUUACAACUUGUUCAUCAACCCGGCCGACUGCAUGGCUGUAUGCGCAGAUUGGGACCAAUAAAUCUGGUGCAAGGUGCCGUCCAGAGGUGCUUCCAAACGGGGAAUAAAGAAUUUCGUAUGA